AUGUUAGAAACAUUAGAACUAUUAAAAAUUUCAACACGAGAGCAAGAUCGUGUUGAAAGAGAAUUCAACAUGGGAGGAGCACAAAGUGCAGAUAAAGGACACGGUUAUCACGUAUUAAGAGUACAGGAGAAUUCACCGGCGCAUUUGGCAGGCAUAGAACCCUUUUUUGAUUACAUCGUUGGAAUCAAUGGAAUACCCUUGGAUACACCCGAAAGCCGAGUAUUACAGGAUCAAUUACUAGCAAAUAUGGAUAAAGAAGUGGUUCUUGCAAUUUAUUCUACCAAGGAGCAAGAAUUACGCGAAGUUCCAAUGAUACCGAAUCGAAGUUGGACAUCGAAUCCUGGAGAUGGUUUAAUCGGACUCAGCAUUCGGUUUUGUACAUAUGAGGCUACCAAUGAGCAUGUAUGGCAUAUAUUAAAUGUAGCACCUGAAAGUCCAGCAGAAUUGGCCGGUUUGAUACCUUAUACUGAUUAUAUAAUUGGGACGCCACAUGUAACACUACAUAGCGAAAAUGACUUUUAUGAAUUUAUUGAAGCAUAUACGGGACAUCCUUUACGUCUUUACGUAUAUAAUUCAGAUUUUGACGCUUGUCGAGAGGUCGUAAUAACACCAAAUCAUGCAUGGGGAGGAGAGGGUGCACUAGGUUGUGGAGUUGGUUAUGGGUAUUUGCAUAGAAUACCAAAAACCAACAAAUAUCAUAAUAGUCAACUUACAUAUCAAGGUGAUUUAAAGCAACAACCACAACAGUUUAAUGAUCAAUCAUUACCAGUUGAAAAAUCUCAUCCAUCGAUGACCAAUACUGAUGUUGUUACUGUCAUCCCUACCACGAUCACCACCGCUCCAUUGAUAAUUGAAACACCCGCAGAACCUCCAGAAACUAAUAGACCACAGCAGUCGCAGCAAUAUCCAAACUAUCAUCAAACUAUACACUUUAAUAAUGAUAAAGUUCCCCUUGAUCCAUAA